AGUACGAAAGGCAACGUGAGCAAGAAAAGCUUUUCAAACGUGCUAUGCGCCAAGCAAGAGGCCAUUCAUCCAGUAGCUCCGAUAGCAGAAGCUCGAGUCGGUCAAGAUCUUAUUCCAGUCGUUCAAGAAGCGGUUCCAGUCGCUCCAGAAGUAGUCGAUCUCGUUCGUCGUCGCGAUCGAGGCGAUCACGUUCACGAUCCAAGAGUCGGUCAAGUAGGUCAAAAUCGAGCCGCUCGCGGAGUAGCCGAAGUAAAUCUGGAAGUCGCAGCAGGAGUCGUUCGAGGUCCAAAUCAAGUCGAAGUCGCUCACGGAGUGAAUCAAGAAGUCGUAGUCGUCAUCGUCGGCGGAAGCACAAGCGGAAGCAUCGCCGACAUUCUAUUCCGCCGGAGUUGUUGUUCGAUGAAUUUGGAAAUCCCCUGCCUCCGCCAUUUCCUCCUCGAUAUCCGCCAUUACCUGGAGACUUCUUACCAUAUGGGGAUUUUCCGCCCCCGUAUUUCCACCCUCAUUUCCCGCAGCAACCCUUCUUCGAUCGGCCUGGAUUCGGCCCAGGUUUUCGUGGUCGAUUUCCUCAUCCUCGAGAUUUUCCUCCAGAAUUCGAUGAUUUGCCACCAAGGCAAGUUCGCUGCCGGGUUAGAUGGUCCCAUGGCCCGAAGAGGUUGGCGACAUGGUCGCGGACGUAACAGUUCAGGUGAAGAAGGGCUCUCACCCGGACGCCCAGACGGGUUUGGUCGCAAUGCGGAUCGGAGGUCUGAUUCACCGAGGGAAGGAGGUCGUGAAAGGUUUGAGCGUCGACGCAGCGACGAUGAAAAUGAUGAUCAGCAGAGACCUCGAUCUUAUUACGAGGGCUUGGAUGAAGCGUACGAGAAAUACUUCGAUCGUCGCAUGAGGUCAUCGGAACGGGAGAGGGGUGACGAGGACGAUUCCAGUCGUCGUAGAGACGAUGAAAGAGAAGCAUCUCGUCGUGAACGAGACCGUCGUGACCGUAGGCGCGAGCCGACUCCAGUAGCGUCCCCGCAGCGUCCACGUGGACGAGAACGUGAGCCUGAACGGGAUCGAAAGCGAAUGGACCGGGGUCGUGACGCUCGUGAGAAGGAGUACGAGCGGGAUACAGAGCGAGAUCGUGAACGCGACAGGGAUCGUGAAAGAGACCGAGACCGUGAGAGAGAACGCGGACGCCGGGAGGAGCCGCAGGAACGAAAACGUGCUGACGUGCGCGGUCGCGGUCGUUCCCGAGAACGAUCGCGAGAGAGAGCCAGGCACGAAGCUCAGGCUCGAAAGCAAAAAGAGGAAGAACAGCGACGUGAACGUGAACGUCGUGAAAAGGAGCGCGAACGCGAGUCUGAUCGUGAUCGAGACCGGAAAGCUCGGGAACGAGAUCGAGAACGCGAAAAGCGAGACAAAGAUUUGUCGGAGCGUUACCAACGGUUCCACUCUCAAGCGCAGAACGCACGUCGGUCGACUCGCGAUGACGAGGAUGAAGCCGCUCCUUCGCGAAGCGUUAAGCAUUACCGCGGCAGAGAUUAUCGAAGCACGCGUCGGGAAUCUGAAGAAGAGGACAGAGAAGAAAUUGACGAAGAAGACAAUGCGCCGGAGAGCUACCGUCGGGAUCGUCGGCGGGAAGACAAGCGAGGAUCGAGAGACGAAGACGAGGAGGAGGAUCGGGAAGAAUGGAUGGAGAAGACGGCAGAUGAGGACGAUCGGAGACAAAAGAAGGGAAAGAAGAAGAAAAAGCACAAGGAGAAGGAGAAAGAGAAGGAAAAGGAGAAGGAGAAGAGCAGAAAGCGAAAACGCGAGUCAUCGGGCUCUGAUCAGUCCUCGAAUGAUUACAGUUGUUGAUAGAAAAUUUUCGGACAAAAUUUGAGCAUCUUUCUUGUGUCCCACUCUCGCCGCUUGUCGUAGAGAAUCCUCGAAAUCUUUCGUCCCUUAUUGCUCUGAUUUUUAGCAAAUUUUGCGUCACUUCAUCUUUCUCGUGGGUUUGUUGUAUCUUUCUGUUUGAAUGUUCGCUGGAACUGUCGAGGAAAAUUUUUUAUAAUGGCGAUCGCAAAAUCUUUUAUCUGAUCUUAUCCCGUAAAUUUCCAUUUUCGCAGGAAUUUCGGUCUCAGUACUGUGAAGUGUGUGAAAUUGUGCGCAAGAUCGACUGUUCACCGUCUCAGUUUCAAUUUCGUUUUCGUCGAAAAGACGCGCAGAAUUCUUAUUUGGGUCUUAUUGCUUGUCUAGUAUGUGGCUUAGGCAUGUGUGGAAAAGAAAUUCAUUCUGGAGUGAAAAAA